CAUGGCCGCCCACUAGUUCGUGGGGAGAACUAGACAUUUGAAUUUCCUCGAUUUGCACUGGGGACUGAAGGACCAGGAGCACUGACAGGUCACAGAUAAGAGUUCUGGUUGUGGCUGAUGUAAUACCUGGCAAAACACUCAAAAACACUUUUCUUUUGGUGAAGAUGGAGUCGUUCCUGGCCCUGUUCGACACUGGGGAACCCAAGGGCAAGAGGAGGGAGUCCUGGGGAAAGAACGACUGCGAGACUCGGGGGAAUGACGAGGACAAUGAGGAGAGCUUGCCUCCAGAGCCCGAGCAGGGGAAUAUUGAGUAUAAGUUGAAGCUGGUUAAUCCGUCUUCGCAGAGGUUUGAACACCUGGUGACUCAGAUGAAGUGGAGACUCAGGGAGGGACAUGGAGAAGCUAUUUAUCAAAUUGGUGAAUUUUUAGGAGUGGAGGACAAUGGGAGACUAGCAGGCCUGUCCCGAGACGAGAUGAAAGCCUCCCUGAAGACCCUGAGGGACAUGGCAUCCCGCCUGGGAGCGACCACCCGAGUGCUUCGCGAGCGAAUAGCAAAUGCAAAAUCAAAAAAGAAAAUCCACGACGACAACUCCACAGAGAGGCGAGUGGCCGAGGUAAUGGUAACAAAACUACGCAAGGGUGACCGAGACGAUCAGGACAGCGUGAUCGAUCUUCGAUUAGCAGUGGUGGGGUCCCAGGACGCUGGUAAAUCCACUCUCCUGGGUGUUCUGACACAAGGGGAGCUGGACAAUGGCCGGGGGAGGGCACGACUGAACAUGCUUCGUCACCUCCACGAGAUUAGGACUGGAAGAACGUCUUCAAUAUCCCACGAGAUCAUCGGGUUUGACACUGAGGGUCACGUCCUCAAUUACGCCGAGAUGACGACUGCUGAGGAGAUCUGUGAGCAUGCAUCGAAGGUCGUGACGUUCAUUGAUCUUGCUGGGCACAGGAAGUACUUGAGGACAACACUGCUGGGGCUCAUGGGGUACUCUCCCCACCACGUGAUGCUGGUGGUGGCACCUCCCCUGAACGAAGCUGCUCAGGAGCACAUGGCCCUCUGCCUGGCGCUGCACCUCCCCUUCUUCAUUGUGAUUACCAAGACAGAUCUGGGAUUGUGCGACCAUCGGCAGACACUGAUGCAGCUGGAGAGCGCUGUGAGGGCUCAGGGCUGCGACAAGGAGCUCGUCCUUUGUAGCAACAACAAGGUUCUCCCUCAGGACUACGAGUCGAGUAUUAUCCCUGUGUUUACGGUGAGUUCUGUGACUGGAGCGGGACUGGAGGAGCUCACGAAUUUCAUCAGGGACCUCUCACCCUCGGAGUCCUCCAACGACGAUGCUGAACCUGGCACCUGUCUCUUUCAAAUCGACGAGACGUUCAGGGUGGCAGGACUCAGUGAACCUGUGCUCGGGGGGCUGCUGGUCAAGGGGGCCAUCGCACCUGGGGCCAGACUCCUCGUGGGACCCCUCCCUGAUGGCGAGUUCAGCCCUGUCAAGGUGGUGAGUCUGCACAGGAACAAGGCGCCUUGCUGCGUCGUCAGGGCCUCCCAGAGUGCUAGUCUCACUCUGGCGCCGAGCACCAAUCGAGAGGGGCUUCCUCACUUCAGGCCGGGGAUGGUCCUCGUCAGCGUGGGCGAUCAUCCACAUGCUACUGUUUUCUUCCAGGCAACAGUUCUGGUUGUUUACCACGCCACAGCAAUCUACCCCGGCUUCCAAGCGACAGUCCACGUGGGAAACGUCCGACAAACCUGCGUAAUAGAGGGAAUAAUGGACAUAAAGGAGGAGGGCCUACAGACAAACGAGACCGCAUCAGUUCUCUUCAGGUUCGUCAGUCACCCGGAGUACCUCCACGUUGGUAUGAGACUGCUCUUCAGGGAGGGGAGGGCCAAGGGGAUCGGUAAAAUCACUCAGGUGUUUCCACUGAUAGGCUCUGAAAACAGCCCCCAGUGAAUCAACAUUUCGUUGCAUUCAGAUUGAAAUUAUUUUCUCUCAAAGUUUUUCGUCUUGACAUGUUGGAAAAUAACACUUGAUUUAGCGUUUCAAUCUCUGAAGCUCGGUAAUGUGAAGUAUUGAAGCGUUUAAUUGUUGGGGAGUACUUUAACAUCGACACAACAUUUCCUCCACAAAAUGAGCUAUUGCACAGGACUAAAACCUUAAGGGGAGACUAACAUGAGUUUUUACAGUCGAGGGCUAUUGGAAUGCGAUUAUUCAUACAUUGAAGAUCGAUUAUAUGUCUGAAAAUGAAUAAUUAGCGUAAAAAAAUUAAUUGUUCAAAAUGUUAAAAAUAGUUUAGGGCCUUCAACUUUAGAGCAACGGACGUUCUUUUUCUCCAAAAUUAAAAAAAAAAUGUGUGCAAUAACAAUUACGAACUACUUUUUUGACAUUCGACUCCUAUACAAGUGGUUUCAUUUUUUUUCAAUGAAAAAUUGCACAAUUCAUGUAAAACAGCCCAAAAGUGUUUCUGAAAAAAUUAAAAAUAUGUUUUGAAUAUUUUAAGGAUAAUUUUUUUGCCUAUUUUCUAUGAAUGGCGCAAAUUUUUACAUUAAACAAAAGGAAAGUAGUUGUGUACGAGUCGAAUUUCGAAAAACUAAUUCUUAAUCGUUAUUGUACACAUUUUUUCAAAAAUUUCAACACUGAGUGUGUGCGGAGAAAACGAACAAUAAACAAUUAAUUUU